UGCUUUGAAAUAUUUCUUGAGCACCACAAUUCCAAUUCCAAUUCCUGCUUCCAAAUGAUAAAUAGUUUUUUUUAUAACGACAACAAACACACAGUUACUCUGGCUAGAGUAGCCACUUCUUCAUCUUCAAAACUAAGAACAAUGCCCCUUGAAGCCCUUACAUCGACCGCCCCUUCCUUUCCCAGUUUUCGCCGCCAAAACCCCACCACUCUUUCCUGCCAUGUUUCUUUUGACGUUUCAGGAUUGAAUACGAGGAGGAAUCGGACGACGAAGGUUACGGCUGGUUCUAAAGUCGAGAGCUCGAGCUUCCCUUUGGAGAAAAAGAGAAAAGUUGUGGAACACGUGUGUCUGCUCAAAGCAAAGAAGUUUUUGUCUGAUGAGGAUGAGAAAGAUAUGCUGGAUUAUCUGUAUACUUCCCAAUAUCAAAUGCGUGGAAUUGUUGCAGUUUCUUUGGGACGAAUCUCCAACGACAAUGUGGAGAAUUAUACUCAUGCUGUUUUCAUGCGUUUCCAAACAAAGGAAGAUGUUACAAGGUUCUAUGAGAACCCUUUCUAUUUGAAAGUUUUGAAGGAGCAUGUAAUGCCUUAUUGCCAUGAUUUAGUUAAUGUGGAUUAUGAAUCGGAAGUUGAAGAUGAUAUGAUUCCUAUAUUUCGUAAAGGAGAGGAGUUCAACUAUGGUGUGGAGUUUGUGCAUCUAUUAGCAUUUGAUGACAGCGCAUUAGGUGCACCUGUGGAAGAUGCAUUGGCAUCUCUUGAAAAGUUGAAAAAAGAGUUUCCGUCCUUAAUUGUCCAAUCUACUCAAGGUUCAAAUUUUAAUCUCAGCAGCAAAGAAUAUACACAUGCUGUAGUGACAAGAUUUCGAUCAUCUGAGGCCUUUGAGAUAUUCGUGGGUAGCACUGAAUACAGAGAUGUGUGGAGGUCGAAAUUCGAGCUGAUCACCCGGAAAACACUUCCCAUUCAUUUCUCUGUUGAUCCAGUGGGCAAGGAGGUUAUGUAGUGUAGAUCACUGUUUCUGUGAUUUGUUUUCUUGCUCAUAGAUGCUGAGACAUGAAUGAAAGGGCAUUUGUAUAUUGUAUAUAAUUCUUGCAGAGGUCUAAAAGGGCUUUCCUACUCACUGUUUUGGUUUCUAGGAACAAGUAUUCAGGUGAUCCUUCUCAUCAUCAUGAUUUCACUUAA